AAAUGUCAGUAAAGGCUGAACCUUGAACAGGACCAUCAAGUGCUGAAGCACGUAGCCUGUAAAAAUCAUCUGUCCUCGGUUGCAACACUCACUACCGAACAGAAAACUGUAUUGAGAUCAAAUGUUGAAUCGAUUUAGCAGAAUGUCGGCCAAAAUCCUUCUCCUUCCUUAUUCUCCAACUGCUGGGAUAAAAUCCCUCUCACUACCAUAUUUGGUACUGAGUAGAAACGCCAAACGGAUGCUUCACAUUUGUACAUCCGUUGAAAUAUCUGUCUCAUUGUUCUACCUGUGUUAUCGUUUUUACACUCUGGAAGGACAAAAAUGUAGCUAGCUCUUGCACUCAUGCUGCUUCCUCAUCUGGCAGACACCAUUUGACAGCUAAUACUCAAGUAAUUGGAGUGCGGUUUACUCAUCCUACAUCCAAUCACAGAGUACGAUGUUGCGCUUCCAGAAGCUAAACAAACAUGGCAGAACCCCCCCUGUCGCCGCAUAAACUGAAGGUUGCUGUAUAUUUGGGUUGAUUUGACACACAGAAAGCAUGCUGAGCUUGUCAAUAAGAGACGUGCCCCCAAAGGUCCACUGGAUCCCUUUUGCUGUGAAGGACAACUUCUACACAGAGAACAUCAAGAACACUUGUGCCUCAAAUGCUGAAAGUGCAGGCAGUACUAACCGUGCUUUUGAACCUGUCCGGAACACCUGGAGCUACAGAGAGCAGACUGGGGCUGACCCUGACUCUGACUGGGUCAUCACGGAAGGCAGCUCUGGAGGAAGUGCUGCAGCUAUGGCUUCUCUCACCAGCUUCCUCUCUUUGUGGUCAGAUACAGGUGGCUCCACCCGUAACCCAGGGGCCCUGUGUGACAUAGUGGCCCUGACGCCAACCUACGGCCUGGUGUCCAGACACGGCCUCAUCCGCCUGGUCAACUCGAUGGAGGUCCCAGGCAUCAUGACUCGGAGUGUUCAUGACUCAGCCACCGUCCUGGGUGAGGCAUGUUAUAUGGCCAUCCCAUGGGGCCUGUAUUUUUUUCCUGACCAGGUAUUCUCCAAAGCCAUGAUGUCAGACUACUACCAUAACCCUUCCACACUGACAGACCUACCGGGUGACUUUGAUGUCAGGAACAUCUGUGUGGGCAUUCCCAAGGCCACCGUAGUGGCCAUGUAUGCCACCAGGGAUUUAACAAUGUUAUACAAGGAAGAAUCCUCUCGGAACUACUUCCUGCUCAGACAGAAUUAUGAGCACUACUUUGUGAUGACCCAGCAGGUGCGUUGUCUGAUAGCAGAGGACUUCAAGCAAGUAUCCAGCUUGGGUGUUGACGUGCUGCUCACGCCCACCACACUGAGUGACACCAUGCGCAACACGGACUUCAUGCAGGAAGACAACCCAACACAUAGUGCCCAGGAGGACAUCUUCACACAGCAACAUGGCAGGAAAUAAUAUGUUCAUCAUUUAACUCUCCCUUUUCAAAGGAAUUGGGUUGGAAUUCCUAUUUCGGUCAACCCUUUGAUUACAAAUCCAGAUGAAGGUCUAUCUGAAACAAAUCAUCUCCAUCAGGGAAGCUGAUAACUUUGCGGGCAGUUAAAGUUUAACCCAUCUUUUAUCCCCCUCACAGUCUGGCCUUCAAACAACCUUACCCUGCCAACCCCUCUCCCUCUCGACUUUCUCACAUUUACCCCUCCAACUCUCAUUUUCUGCUCCAGGACUCCUUGCUGUUUCUGUGACAACAGCGUUAUCGAGCAUACCUUCCCAUUGGCCUGCAACUAAUAGGCCCCACCCUCCAGGACAGGACACUGCUGACAGUAGCCCAGUGGAUAGAGCAGAAGGUGGGCUUUACCCCUAUUCAUUACCAUGGAGAUGCCGUACAGGGGGAGCAGACCUCAGUUGUAUGAGGUGAAACUAAUGAAUACAGAGCUACUCAGAUUAGUGACAUUAUCAUGGUCAUGAAAAGGACAUACUCAAAGAUGUAUGGCCUUUUCUGGAUUUGUUCUGAAGUUACUGACUUCCAUUAAAGACACUUUAUUACUUGCUGUUUGUCUGGCGGUUCCAAGUAUGAGUUUGAAUGAAUGACUUAAAGAUGAGGUCAUGUAUCCAGAAGACAAGUAUUGUGAACCUGGGCGUUGAACAUCAGUGGUAAGCACUGGCGUAGCAUGCAGCUCCCGCAAUGCAGGGGGGGGGCCCAUGAGCUUUGGGACCCUCAACCCCCCAAAAAAGCAUAUGAACACAUCAUAAGCCAUGAAGGAAAUGUUUAGAAUUACAGGACAUUACCUUUAAAACUGCAAAAUGUUCCCUCAGCCUCAUGGCAAAAUGUGUAAAAUAGCAGGAAUUUAGCUCAUAGAUUCUUGAAAGUUGGGUCAAUCCUUGUCCGGCGGGGAAACGUAUUCAUUUUUUAUUUUUUUUUUACAAAUUUUGUUGCAUUAUUUGAGCUUAAAAUGUACAUUUUAGAGGAAUUUUAUAAGUGAAAAGAUUUGUUUUUGGAAUUUUUCUAAAAUGCUUUCAAUAUUAUUUAUUUCCAUGUCGACUCUAUGCAUAGAUCCCGAUUUUCAAACUAUCCAAAAAAGUGUAAAAUAAAGAUUUCAACAAACAAUAUUUGAAUCACAAUGGUCACAACAAUUUCCCCUCUAAACCGCAUGCGGCGUGGACCUCUUCCAGGACUGUUGCGCAGAAGAAAUGCCAGGCCGCGCAGACACGAGAUUAAACUUCACCGAGUUCACCCCAUUAGAUUGCACCAUUUAAUGUGAUCGAAUAAACAUAUAUGCCCCUUUUCAAUGCAACAAAACAAAUCUAACUUUGCAAGAGUCUGUGAUUUUGUUGUAGGCAGAGCCAGAGUGCAUCAGAAUAUAAUUAUAUUGACAGGUAGCCAGUGAACGGUCUUUCAAUCACCUAUAAGUGAAUGUGCUGUUCAGGUCAGCGAGCAUAGCGUGUGCACGUUUGUUGAUAUUCUUGGUUAGUUAGCAAGCUAUUAGCCCAGUUUUAAAUAUUGGUCAGCAACAGGGAUUUACUGCUUCCUAGCACAUAACGUGUAGGCUACAUUUCAAGCUGUCUUUGAAAAGCUAGUUGGGUAAAAAGCUUGUUUGUCUUUAUUAAAGAGGCAGUGUUGUAUUUUGAGAGAGGCUUGAAUAAGAACAAUUACAUUUUUGUCAACUAGGUAAAGAAAAACUGUCAGAUCUUUGUCUAACGUCAACUCUGUCAGAGUGUUGAUAGAAUGGUUGUUUUUAUUGUGGAUUUUCAAAUAAAGCAUUUUAUAUACAGAUGUUUGUAUUAAACUUUUAGAGGCAAA